GCGCCGCCGACGGGAGGCGGAAGCACUCCGCCGCUGAGUCCUGGCUGCUCCACCAACGAAGAAGAAGACGCUGUAUUUCGCUCUGCUGCUGCACGCGCGCAGUCUCUCAGAGAAAGAUGGCGGAUGUAGAGGUGUCCGCAAAGAAGCAGAAGAAGAAGAAGAAAGUCAGUGAAGAAGAAGUUGGGGAGAUCCAACGGAGUGGAGACUUCUUCAUUCAGCCUGAGUCCAAAGUCGCCUCCCUGGACACGUCCCAGUGGCCCCUCCUCCUAAAGAAUUUCCACAAGCUGAAUAUUCGGACGGCUCACUACACGCCUCUGCCAAACGGCAGUAACCCCCUGAAGAGGAACAUCUCGGAUUAUGUCAGGUCAGGCUUUAUCAACCUCGACAAACCGGCCAACCCCUCGUCUCACGAGGUGGUGGCGUGGAUCCGGAGGAUUCUGCGGGUGGAGAAGACGGGUCACAGUGGGACGCUUGACCCGAAGGUUACGGGCUGUCUGAUCGUCUGCAUUGACCGAGCUACGAGAUUGGUGAAGUCCCAGCAGAGCGCAGGUAAGGAGUAUGUGGGAAUCGUUCGGCUGCACAACGCCUUAGAGAACGAACAUGUUCUGGCCCGGGCACUGGAGACGCUGACCGGAGCUCUGUUCCAGCGGCCACCGCUGAUUGCCGCCGUGAAGCGGCAGCUGAGAGUCAGAACAAUCUACGAGAGCAAGUUGAUAGAGUACGACCCGGAGAGAAGGCUCGGUAUCUUCUGGGUCAGCUGUGAAGCAGGAACCUACAUCCGGACCUUGUGUGUCCACCUGGGACUGCUGCUCGGGGUCGGAGGUCAGAUGCAGGAGCUGAGGAGGGUCCGGUCGGGAGUUAUGGGAGAGACGGACAACAUGGUGACGAUGCAUGACGUUCUGGACGCUCAGUGGCAGUUUGACCACAACAAGGACGAGUCGUAUCUGAGGAGGGUCAUCUUCCCUCUGGAGAAGCUGCUGGUGUCGCACCGCCGCCUGGUGAUGAAGGACAGCGCUGUGAACGCCAUCUGUUACGGCGCGAAGAUCAUGCUGCCAGGUGUGCUCAGGUAUGAAGACGGCAUCGAGAUCAACCAGGAUAUAGUUGUCAUAACAACAAAGGGCGAAGCCAUCUGCACAGCCGUCGCGCUGAUGACUACAGCCGUCAUCUCCACCUGCGACCACGGAGUUGUGGCCAAAAUAAAGAGGGUGAUCAUGGAGCGGGACACGUAUCCUCGGAAGUGGGGUCUGGGACCAAAGGCGAGCCAGAAGAAGAUGAUGAUUCAGAAAGGGCUGCUGGACAAACACGGGAAGCCAAACGGCAGCACUCCGCAGGACUGGAAGGACCAGUACGUGGACUACAGCGUUGCCAAGGUGAAGGAGGAGCUGGGAGAAGCUCCAGCUAAGAGAAAACGGGAGGCGGCGGAGAGUGACGGUGAGACGACGGCACCCACCACGCCAUCUGCAGAGGAGGUGAAGAAAGAGAAGAAGAAAAAGAAAAAAGAAAAGAGGAUAAAAAUGGAGGAGGGAGAGGAGGAGGAGCCAGAGAGAACGGAGGAGGAGCCAGUUGCACAGGAAAGUGUCAAAAAGAAGAAGAAGAAGAAACAGAAAGAAGGUGAAACGUCAGAAUGAUGAUGGACUGGAAGCUGAAGACUAGUCUCCUCCAUCCGGUCUGCAGCCUGAACGCGGAGAGGACGUCGUCACGGAGACAUCUGACGAACAUUAAGCUGCUUUAGGUUUUAUGUUUAGUUUCAGCCUGAAGCAGCGACUCUUCAUCCUGAGUGGGACCGAAGGAGACGACGACGGCGUUAAAGAAACAAUCUAACAAAGUUUUGGGGAAUUUAGCCUGAAAGCAGAAAAGAGGAUGAACUUUUGUACAAAUAUUAUUUCUGAGGGUUUUUUUCCCUCACAUGUAAAUAUUUUACAUUUUCUAAACUUAAAAAUUAAAAUGUUUUCAUUAUUCA